AACCGACACCUUCCUUCAAUCAAAUUAUUAUAAUAUCUCAAAUGCCGUUAUAAUAAACAUCCUGUACACGCCUAUUACCUCGCGCUGCUAACACAAGAAUGGUAUUCCUAACUGUAAGCAUUCCUACGCAUUGCAUGUAUUAAAUCACCUCUACUCAAAUAAGGAUCGACGUUCAAGCUGAACACAUUAACAGCUGAUCGAACGUCACACGGAAAAAGAGUUAACGUCCAAAUCGUGUAGAAUGAUCCUCGCGUCAUUGUCGAUUUUUCGUUACAUCGUAUUGUUGUAUUGAUUACAAGCUCGCAGACAAGGCAUCUGGUGCUUCUGCUUGUGCAUUGUCUAUUGGUGGCAGCAGCUUCAAGUCCAGUGCACUCUAUGUUCAUAGAAUGAUUUGUAUGUAGGUAUAUACUCACUACGUGUACAAACAUACGCACGCACGGUAAGGUCGUUUAUACGCGACGGCCAAUAUUAAGAUCGAAAAUGUCAUAUCCUUGAUUAGGUGACAGUGCUUUUUUGGAAACCGUGUCGUCUCUCUGCUUGGAAAUUUUUGUCAGUGAAACAUUCCGCUGAAAAUAAUGCUACGAUGUCACACUCCAAUAGAAAUACAGGUGCUCAAAGAUCUGCGGUGAUUGAUUAUGAACGUCAAUUCCAAGAAGAUCUGGAACAUGCGCAAGCAUUGAGUUUGGAAAGUCUUGCCUUGGAAAAAUUUAAAUUGCAAAAGCAACGUUCUGAAUUUAGUAAUAUCCAACAAACAUGUAUUCCACACAAUGAUGUGGACAGAAGAAAUAAUAUAAUACAUAGCAAUGUGUCAGAAGCAGAUAGUAUACAGCAAGUUGAAACAUUUCAGUGUAGAAGUCGACCAAGGCCUGGUACAUUUAAUACCAAUCAAUCUAAAAAUGCUGUGAUAUUAGCACCACCACCAGUUCCAUCUAGGAGAAAUUCUACAUCAGCUACAACAAGUCAAGAACAAUCUAUUGAUUUGAUCAAUUUUACAAGUCCAGUGAAGCAAGAUAAUCUAACUGGUUACUGUUCACCUCCACCUCCACUACCCAGGAAAUUAUUGGUAGAACCAAAAUGGGAAACACAUCCCUCUCUACUAAAGAAGCAGGCAAGAAUAUCACGUAGCAGUAGUUCUGCAAGUUAUCGCUCUCGAGACUUUCGAUAUCACUCACUCUCUCCUGGUCCUGGAUCUUCCACUGCACCCUGUACACCUGGGACUCCAAAAAUUAGUCCUAUCAUGUCAAGAUCCAGUAGUAUUAACAGUAAUGUACCUGAUACAACACCACAACCUGCAUGGAAUUCUUGUGAUUUAAAAAAUUAUUUUCUUAUGCAGAUACCUCCGUUACCUAUGAAUUACAGACCAAGUAUUACUCAUUCUGGAUGUGGUGUUCAAAAGCCAGCAUUUGGUACUGAUGAUGAGCAGCUAAGUGUAUUAAAAGUAAUAGAGAAAAAGCCAAAUAAUAAUCUUAUAGAUUUGAGUUCUUUCGAUCAUAUAGAGGAUAAAACGAACGUUCGAGUUAGUGUACUCGAAGCAUUUGAUCCAUUACUUGUUAAGACUGAUGAUCAGGUUGAUAUCGCACAAAGACAAAAAGAUGAGGCACAAUCACAAAUUAAUGGAUCAAUGUAUGAUCCCUUUGAUCCAUUUGAUUACAUGUACAGCACAAAUGAAAGCGUUAAUUCAGAUCCAGUCUAUGUUGCUGUAGAAAAGUCGGCUAAAUCUCCAGCUGUAUCCCCAGCCGCACCACCACCGCUACCUCCUAGAAAUUCGUCUGCUUGGAACACCAUUGAAAGAAGAAGAACUUCGUUAGAUCGAAGACAGAAGCGAAAGACACGCUUAUAUGAAAACGUAACAGUGAGAAAAACUAGAUCAUCGCUUCACGAUUGUGAUUUAAAAGCUUUUCACGAAAUGAUGAAGUCCGUACGAAGUGAUUUUCCAUUUAACGAUCCUAGUACAAAUAUUGGACACGUGAUCAGUCCAAUGAUGGAGAAUUUAUAUCCCAAUGGCACAAGUAUAAAAUUGGUUGUACAUCCGCAAUUAAUAGAUUCUGAUGAUAAUACUCCGUCCAUUUCAUUUACUUGUGACGUAAAUUGUAGCGUUGAACAUGUCAUUCUUAAUGUUGCUUGUUCCUUAGAAGAUGAAGAUACAGUAAAUAUAGAAAAAUAUUGUUUGAGAGUGUGGGGGUUGGCAGAAUAUUUUGCACCUAACACGACUUUAGCUCAAUACGAAUAUAUACAUCAGUGUAUUAAAUUAGAAAAAGACAUUGAAUUAGCUAUUCAGACUAAAGCACAAAUAAAAAGAUGUAUAGCUCGAACGCUUCAGGAUGAUAAUCGUGAUCAAUGUCUUAAAUUGGAAGAUAUUCUUCCAAAUGAACCUUUACAACCUAUUUCGUACGAAACGCUGCUUAUAUUGCUAGAGACCGUGGAAAAUGAAAUGGAACGUGUUGAAACUGCUGCAAUACAAUUGGCAACUACCGAUCAUAGUUCUAGUCUCUUACCGCAACUACAACCCCGCGGUGUUGUUCAAGCGGUAAAAGCAGUCUGUGCUUUAAUGGGAAACAUAGAAACAUUUGAAAUUACAGAAGCGGUCGAUAAUUUCGUGAAUGCAUGUUGUAAGUUCUUACCACAAGUUCACACGACGAAUAUAGAGUGCAAGAAACCUGAAAUUCUGCAUGAAGACGGUGACUAUUCCGUUGUCACGUUACGAACGAAAUUCCCCGACGUGAUAACUUCUCAUUGUCGCAAGAUACGCGAUGCGAUUCAGGAUCUCGUAGAAACUUACUGUCGUGCCUUCAAAGUUGAUUUUGAAUUGAAGAGCAAGGGAGAAUUUCCGUCAAAUACAUUAAUUUCAUCUGAAGAAUUGGACACUGUAUUAGUUCGCGUUGGCGCAUUACAUAGAUUGCCAGGAUCGUGGAAGCACGAUGAUUAUAUUGUAGCAGCUCAAAUAUUUCAUGGAACUAGACCUGUUGGGAAUCCAGUUUUAUCCGAACCUAUGGCCGUCAGUUCCAAUUUUUAUCCUAGAAUUUUAUUUAAUUCAUGGUUGGAAUUUCAUGGAAUAAGUGUAUGUCAGGUUCCAAGGGAAGCUAGAUUAGUGUUAGUUUUAUACGGCCGCACAUUACAACCUACUGAACACGAAUCAAAUUCAUCCGAAGAGAAUACUAUGCACAAAGAAGAAUUAGGUUGGGGAUCAAUACAAUUUUUUGAUUGUGAAGGUGUUAUGAGUCAAGGAAGUUUCUUCUUAUCUCUUUGGCCAGCAAUCGCUGACAAAAGAUUAGGUCCAGCUCCAGCGCCCGGAAUUCAUCCUCAUGGGGAUACACAACCUAUUAUUGGGUUAGAAUUACCUGAUUAUGGAGGAAGGGUACUAUUUCCUACAGAAUUAAGAGAUUAUGAUGUUCAAUCUCUCGACUUUAAUUCAUUGGAUCAAAAUACGCAACAAUUAUUGAUAGACAUCACACAACAGCAUACAUUUUCAAGACCACUUAUCGAAGAAAGAGAAAUUUUAUGGGAGAAACGUCAUUAUCUACAUGACAGGCCUGAAGCGUUGCCUAAAGUUCUUUUAGCUGCCCAUAGUUGGGAUUGGGCAUGCUUGCCUGAUCUCCAUGCAUCCCUUAGAGUUUGGAGUCCUUUGCCUCCGGUUCAAGCGUUACAAUUACUAUUACCUUGCUUUCCGGACAUGAAAGUUAGAGAAAUGGCAGUUGGUUGGAUUCGGGAGCUGAGUAACGAUGAACUUGUAGAUUAUUUACCGCAAUUAUUGCAAGCAUUGAAACACGAAACGUACGAAUCGUCUCCUCUUUCGAGAUUUUUAUUGGAAAGAGCGUUACUUUCAUCGCGGGUGGCUCAUCACAUUUACUGGUUGUUAACGCAAACAUUACCUGGACAGAGUCCUCAGAAUUUUGCUGAAGUUACGCCAGAAGAUGACAAAAAUAUUAGCCACGCGCGCUACCAUAGGAGAUUACAGUUGAUGUUACGAGCGUUACUUGCCGUUAUCGGUGAUGCAUUAAGAAACAGCUUCCUUACACAGCAAUUGCUUGUUAAGAAUUUACAUGAAGUAGCAGAAAAUAUCAAACUAACGAAAGACUCGAUGCGGAUGGAUGCACUUAAAGUUGGUUUACAAAAUAUACACUGUCAGUUAAUGGAGGAUGAUGGCACAUGCUUACCGCUAUCUCCUAGUAAACAAGUGUUUGGAAUAAAUGUACAAAGCUGUUCAUAUUUUCCUUCAUAUACGCUUCCGUUGAAAAUCAACUUCAUUAGUAGCGAUGACGUAAUUUGUCCUGCGAUUUUUAAGGUCGGGGAUGAUUUGCAACAAGAUAUGCUAACCCUUCAAAUGGUUCGUAUUAUGGAUAAACUUUGGUUGAAAGAAGGUCUUGAUCUGAAAAUGGUAACAUUUGCCUGUGUGCCUACUGGUCAUAAGCGUGGAAUGCUAGAAAUGGUUACGAAUGCAGAAACAUUAAGAAAAAUACAAGUUGAAUUCGGCCUAACCGGUUCGUUCAAAGAUCGACCGAUUGCCGAGUGGUUGGCAAAGCAUAAUCCUUCGGAACUCGAAUAUGAAAGGGCCGUAGAAAAUUUCACCGCGUCUUGUGCAGGCUAUAGCGUCGCUACUUACAUUUUAGGAAUUUGUGAUAGACAUAAUGACAAUAUUAUGUUAAAAACGUCGGGUCAUCUGUUCCAUAUUGACUUCGGGAAAUUCUUGGGUGAUGCGCAAAUGUUUGGAAAUUUUAAAAGGGAUAGGACACCGUUUGUAUUAACAUCUGACAUGGCAUACGUUAUAAAUGGUGGUGAUAAACCUUCAGCCAAGUUUCAUCACUUCGUAGAUUUAUGUUGUCAAGCAUUUAAUGUAGUGCGAAAACACGGGAACCUUAUCCUUCAUCUUUUUGGUUUGAUGACUUCUUCUGGUAUACCUGGUGUAACCGUGGAUGCAGUCAGUUAUGUACAAAAAGCUCUUCUUCCUGAACAAACAAAUCCUGAAGCAGCUGCCACGUUUGCCCGAAUGAUAGAAAGUUCACUGAAAAGUUGGUUUACACAGUUCAACUUUUUCUUACAUAAUUUAGCGCAACUACGAUUUUCGGGGGAUCAUAAUGAUGGAGCAUUGUUAUCUUUCAUUCCGCGAACGUAUACAAUGCAACAAGAAGGCCAGUUGACGAGUGUUCAAGUACACGGGUAUCAAAAACGAUAUGACCCGGAAAAAUAUUACAUGUAUAUUUUGCGUAUACAGCGAAAAGGUCACGCAGACCCCACUUAUUUAUUCCGGUCAUAUAAGGAAUUUUGUGAAUUUUAUCAGAAGCUGUGCAUCCAUUUUCCGCUUGCAAAAGUUGCUAGCCUACCUAGUGGAAUGAGCGUUGGAAGGUCUAAUAUAAAACAAGUCGCUGAUAAACGUCGCGCGGAUAUUGAAAAGUUCCUCGUGAGUUUAUUCAAAAUGGCAACAGAAAUUUCACAAAGCGAUUUAGUAUAUACUUUCUUUCAUCCUUUAUUGCGCGAUCAACAAAAUGCCGAUAUUCAUUUACGUAAAGUAAAAGUUGGCAAUUGGUGGGCUGAGAAAAUAGUCAGAGACGAUGUACAAAGUGGACAAAUUAAAAUGUCUCUUCACUAUACUCGUGGAACAUUUUAUGUAAUGGUUCAUCACGCAAGGGGUUUGCCCAAAGUAGCGAACGGACAAGAACCAAAUACAUACGUUAAAGUUUAUCUUAAACCUGACCCAACAAAGAAAACGAAACGUAAAACGAAAGUCGUAAAAAAGAAUUGUCAUCCUUCGUUUAUGGAAAUGUUGGAAUAUAGAAUGUCUCUAGAUGUUAUCAAAGAAAGAACCCUUGAAGCAACAAUAUGGAACCAUGACACUUUACAAGAAAAUGAAUUUCUUGGUGGAAUACGCUUACCACUCGGACGUCUCGACUUGACAACGGAAACAAUCGAAUGGUUUUCAUUAGGAAGUAUUCGAUGAAGGAGUAUUCAUAAGCUUAAGAUGUCGUAAUAUUUAUGGAUAUUAGAUCUACAAAAAUGGAAACCACAAUUUCAUCGCACAAUAUUAACGAUAGCAUUUCUAUAUCAUGCACAUAACAGUGCAAUAAAACGAGUUGUGUCUGUAAAGGAACAACACCGACGCAUGCCUUCACAUUCAGAACACACGCUUCUUAAAACAAGUUAGUUAAUGUCAUAAAGUCUAUUAUAAAACUACAUAUAUUUAACUUAUGUAAUGAUAGGAAACGAGGCAUAUUUCAUAAAGUUAUUCUGCCUUUCCAAGAACUGCCAAAACGUUAAAAGUAAAUUUUUGUUAAUUAAUAAACGAGCGUGAACUUUGCGUAGGGCAUAAUAUUUGGCAAGAAGCGCUAGUAAAUAUACAAUAAUUUUGAUUUAUAAUGGUAAUUCUAUUAGUCGAAGUUUAUAAAAAUGUUUAUUUAUAUUACUUGUACCGAGAACUAUUCUCUAUCGAUUGUAAAUAGAUUUAAAGUACGCUACACUAUUUAAUUGUAGCAGAUUGAAUACAAUGUUUCCUAAAUAGGUAUGAGUUUUAGAAUAUGGACUUAUACACGUAUAUAUUAUAAAUUUUACUCAGAUAUAAGUUAUUUGCCUGUUAUAAUAAGUAAAUCAGGUGACAAAUGACAUUUUUUACUUUCGUAAGGAAAUUUGGAAUUAUAUAUAAGAAUAAUCAAAAUAUCUUUCUACAUACAGUAGUAAAAUUAAUAUAGAGAGAAAUUACGAGUCAGUGUGUAUUAUGAAAUUUUUAUUUUUAUUCAACAAAGGAGAAUGAAAUUAUGUAAAUAUGCUUUUAAACUUAUCGAUACGUUCAUAAUCAUUUUAUAUAUCUAUUGUGAAUAUUUUAACACUACUUUAUUAGGUAAACAGAUAUGAAAUUAUUAUAUCAAAAACGGAGGUUCGCGUUAAUACAUUACCUACAGGUGUGAUUGUUAAGAUAUCGAUUUGAGUUUACAUGUACCUUGUCGUAAUAUUUUUGUAGCAUCUUUACUACACAAAGUUUAUAUUUUUUGAUAUACUUGCAUUACAAGGUGAAUAGUUUUAUGAUCAUAGUUCUUAAUAGAAACGAUGGUAAUAUAAAAUAUAAAAUAACAUGUCUGCUUCA